AUGGCUAAAUCAUGUGCUAAAGCUAUUUCAUUUUUUGGAAUUGUGCAACGGAUAUAUGUAUUGUUUUCUGGUUCUAUCAAAAGAUGGAAAGUUUUGCUCGAGCAUAUUCCAAGUUUAACUGUGAAAUCGUUGUGCAAUACUCGUUGGGAGAGUCGAAUCAAAAGUGUAAAACCAAUUAGGUAUCAAACUCCUGAGCUAAGGUCAGCUUUGUUAAAUUUAAGGGAAGCUGAUGAUACUGAUCCCAAGGAUAAGAGCGAUGCAAAAAAUUUAUUUGAAGUGCUUGGCAGCUUUGAAUUUAUACUUGGUAUGGUUAUUUGGCAUGACAUUUUAUUUGCUGUUAACACUGUGAGUAAGAAGUUGCAAUCACCGUCCAUGUGCAUUGAGUCUACCUUACAGCAAAUUGAAGGCAUAAUGAAUUACUUUCACAGCUAUAGAAAUGAAGGAUUUGCUUCUAGUCUGAUCAUAGCCAAAGAUAUUGCAUCUGAAAUGGGUGUAGAGGCAUCAUUUCCAGUAAAGCGUCGUUCUAUUAGGAAGAAACAGUUUGAUGAAACUGAUUAUAAUGAAGCAAAUUUGCAAGCUGAGAGGGCUUUUGAAGUUGAUUACUUUUUUGUUAUGGUUGAUGUGGCAAUCACUUCAUUGAAAACUAGAUUUGAAGAACUCCAAGAAUUCAAAAGUAUAUUUGGGUUUUUAAUGAGUUCAACAAUCUUGAAGUCAUUGGAUGGUAUUGAACUAAAAGACCGUUGCACUAAAUUUGCAGAAACUUUCUCUCUAAAGGGUUCAUCUGAUGUUGAGUUAAAUGAUCUCAUUUCUGAGUUAAGUGUUAUGCAGUUGACUUUACCAGAUAGACCAAUGUCUGCCAUGAAGAUUUUUGAGUUUGUCAAAAAUGCAGAUUGUUAUCCUAAUAUUUCUGUUGCUUAUCGGAUCUUAUUUACUGUACCAGUGACUGUGGCAUCUGCCGAAAGAAGCUUUUCAAAGUUAAAAUUUUUGAAGAUCCAUUUGAGGUCUACAAUGUCACAAGAAAGAUUAAACGGUCUGGCAACUUUAUGCAUUGAGAAGAAAUUAUUGGAUGAGAUUGAUAUUGAUACAAUCAUCAAUGACUUCGCAUCUAGAAAUAUCCGAAGAAUUUUUUAA